ACGUCAGAGAUUUGCUUUACCGACAGAACAUACGCCAUUUUGCUAUUACUGAAAGAAAAGUGCAUUAUCUUUCGUCAACAAUGUUGAGUGAAGUGAAAUGUUUGUGUGAUUUUUGUGGAAAAUACGAUGUGUAAGGCCACAUUUAUCCCAACUGAAAAAAAAUAGGAUUAUGGACGAACCCAACGAGGACCAUAGGGUCGUUCCCGAGCUAUACUUUUUGAUAGCCAAAUUUCUGUCUGGGGGACCACUGAAGGAAACUGCGAAGACUUUACUAAAAGAGCUCGAGAGUGUCGAGGUGCUGCCUCGGCGUCUCGACUGGGAGGGACGAGAGCACGCCCAAUCGUACAAUGAAUUGGCAUCUCAGUAUGCGGAUAUGCCGUGGUGGCGGCUGGCGGCGGUGUGCCAGCGCGCGCUGCAGCUGGCGCGGGACGCCGCCCCGCCGCCGUCGGCGCCGCUCGCCAUCACGGCCGCCGCUGCCGUCGCCGCCGCCGCCGCCGCGCCGUCCGCCAGCGGCGCCGCGCCGCCGGUGGUGGCGGCGGGGGCGGACGCGGUGAUGCGGCUCACGGCCCGGCUGUCGCUGCUCAGCGAGACGCUCGUGCGGCCGAGGCCUAUAUACGCGUCGCACAAGCAAGAUCACAGUUUGGAAGCUCACAUUGAGCGAAGGGGAUGCCGUAGAAAUCUUGCUCCGUUUGCCCUUGGUUCCAAAGAGCGGAAUUUUGCCCCCCCAGAAUACGCAGGGCAGCCCGAGCGUGGUUGCUCGAGAGAGGAUUCUCCAGCAACAUGGUUACUGGUACCUCCCUGGGGUAUGUUAUUUUUUUUUAAUUCCACUGCCAUGGUUGCGACGGUGUGGUUGUACUGUGGUGCAGUGCGGCGGCUGGCGGCGCGCGAGCUGGGCGGCGGCGCGGCGGCGGCGGCGGCGGCGGCGGGCGGGCCGGGCGGGCGCGGCGUGUUCCCGGCGCGGCUGCUGCGCGGGCUGCAGCUGCAGCGGCGCACGCUGGGCCACCUGUCGGCCGUGUACUGCCUGGUGUUCGACUGCACGGGCCGCUUCGUGGUGACGGGCGCGGACGACCUGCUGGUGAAGGUGUGGGGCGCGGCGGACGGGCGGCUGCUGGGCACGCUGCGCGGCGCGGGCGCCGAGAUCACGGACGUGUGCGCGUCGGCGGACGGCGCGCUGCUGGCCGCCGGCUCGGUCGAGCGGCUGGUGAGGGUGUGGACGCUGCGGACCGGCGCGCCGCGGGCCGUGCUGGCCGCGCACGCGGGCACGGUCACGGCCGUGCACUGGGCGCCCGGCGGCCGCUGGCUCGCCUCCACCUCCACCGACGGCUCCGUCGCCUUCUGGGCCUGCGCCGGCGGCAGCUUCGCCGCGCAGCCCGUGCAGUACGUCGAGCGCAUGCGCCCCGGCGCCUGCCACAUGAUCUGCGCCGCCUGGUCCGCGGGCGGCGCCUUCCUCGCCGCCGGCAGCGCCGACCACCACGUCAGGGUGUACGCGGUGGGGUCGGAGAGCGGCGACGGCGGCGACGGCGGCGACGGCAACCCGCGGCGCGUGCUGGAGCUGGCGGUGCACGAGGACGCGGUGGACAGCCUGGCCUGGGCGCACCGGGGGCUGCGCUUCGUGUCCGGCAGCAAGGACGGCACCGCGGCGCUGUGGGUGCUCCACGCCACGCAGUGGCGCCACCUGCUGCUGCAGCCCGAGCCCAUCGCCGCCGCCUUCUCCUCCACCGCCGACCGCGCCAAGCGGCUCAAGGUGACGAUGGUGUGCUGGGACAACAGCGACGCGUACGUCAUGACUGCCGUCUCAGACAACACCAUACGGGUGUGGUGCGCGGUGCGGGGCGUGCAGACGUGCGUGCUGCGCGGCCACGCGGACGAGGCGUACGUGCUCGAGCCGCACCCCUUCCUGCGGGCCGUGCUGCUGUCCGCCGGACACGACGGCCAGCUGUUCGUGUGGGACGCGGAGGGCGGCGAGGUGAUAGCGCACUACCACAACCGCAUCGAGGGUCAGGGCGACGGUGCGAUCUUCGACGCCAAGUGGGGCAGCGGCUGCACGGUGGCGGCGUCCGACUCGCACGGCCACCUGCUGUUGCUCGGGCUCGGCCAGGGGCACCGCCUGCUGCGUCAGCUGCCCACCGAGCUGUUCUUCCACACCGACUACCGGCCGCUCGUCCGCGACGCACUGGGCGGCGCCCUGGACGAGCAGACGGAGACGCCGCCGCACCUGAUGCCGCCGCCCUUCCUGGUGGACGUGGAGGGCGCACCACACCCGCCCGAGCUGCAGCGGCUGGUGCCGGGCCGCGAGAACCUCGCGCUCAGCCAGCUCAUCCCGGCCACCGAGCGCAGCCGCCUCGACGCCAUGAUCCUGGCGUUGGCGGGCGAGGAGGGCGGCGGCGGCGGCGGGGGCGGCGGCGGCGGCGUGUGGCGCGGCGAGGGCGUGCGGCACACGGCCGGCUCGUGGCAGCGCGGCGACCCGCUGCUGGUGCCCCCCAGCGAGCGGCCGCUCGUGCCGCCGCUGCCGGCCUCGCAGCUCGCCGCCAUCCGCGCCACCGCCGCCGAGCUCAACCAGAUGGAACACGCCUGGUACCGGCGCGAGAUGCGGCGGCGGCCCGUGAUGAUCAGCACGGCGGGCGCGGCGGGCGCGGCGGGCGCGGCGGGCGCGGAGGGCGCGCGGCGGCGAGCAGGCCGGCGGCCCCCCCCCGCCCCCGCACCACCGUCCGCGCCCGAGACGGACAGCGACACGUCGGACGAGUCGGUGCGCCUCUCGGGCUCCGCGCACUCCUCGCACUCGCACGCCUCCAGCCUCGACUACACGCAGUCCUCCAGCUCGGAGUCGUCGCAGUACUCGGACUGGGAGGCGGGCGCGGCGCUCGCCCCGCCGGCGCGAGCUCGGCGGCGCCCCCUGCCGACCAACAGGUACAGCCCGGCGGGCGCGAGCGCGAAGCGGCCGGCGGCGCGGGCGGCGGCCGCGGCGGCGGGGGAGGCUGCGGCGGCGGCGGGGGAGGCGGGGGAGGCGGCGGCGGCGGCGGAGGCGGCGGAGGAGGAGCUGCCCGAGGCGUUCCGGCCGGGCGAGUGGCUGACGGCCGUGGCGCCGCGCAAGGCGCCCUACCACCCGCAGAUGGGCGACGAGUGCCUCUACUUCCGCCUGGGCCACCAGCGGUACUUCGAGGCGGUGGCGGAGAAGGACCUGUACAAGAUCAACCCGCGCGACAAGCCCUGGGAGCGGACCCUCGUGCACGAGUGCGAGCUGGUGAAGGUGGUGGGCAUAAAGUACGUGAUAAAGCCGCCGCGCGUGGUGUGCCUGAAGCUGGCGUGCGUGCUGGAGGGGCCGCGCGGACGCAGCUUCACGGUGCGCUACCACGACAUGGCGGACGUCAUCGACUUCCUGGUGCUGCGCCAGCAGUACGAGCUGGCCGUGGCGCGGCGCUGGGCACCCGCCGACCGCUUCCGCUGCAUCAUCGAUGACAGCUGGUGGACCGGCGUCGUGGUCGAGCGCAGCCUGCCACCAGCGCCAGCAGCUAGCAGCGCACCUGACGCGGCCAUGUCCCCCGCCGCGCAGUUCUCCGCCACCGCCGCGCCGCACUUCCUGUCCAUACGGGUGCGCUGGGACAACGGGGAGGUGGAGCGGCUGUCGCCGUGGGACCUGGAGCCGCUGGACGAGGCGCGGCUGCCGGCCGAGCCGGGCGGCGCGGUGGCCGUGCUGCCGCGCGAGCUGGACGCCGUGCUGUACCGCGCCGCGCCGCGCGAGUGGCCGCCCGACGGCGACCGCGCCGCCGCCUGCCGCACCAUCGCCACGCACAUCUCGCAGGUGAUGACGCUGUCGGUGGCGGAGCCGUUCGUGGCGCCGGUGGACCUGCAGCAGUACCCGUCGUACGCGCGCGUCGUGCCCUACCCCAUCGACCUGGCCACCAUCCGCGCGCGCUUCGACAACAUGUUCUACCGGAGGGCGGCGGCGGCGCAGUUCGACGUGCGCUACCUGGCCUCCAACGCAGAGCAGUUCAACGAGCCGCACGCCACCAUCGUGCGCCAGGCGCGCCUCGUCACCGACCUGCUGCUGCACAUCAUCAGCUCGUGGCCGGACGUGGACGUGGUGGGCAAGUACCACGAGCUGGCCGCCUCCUACCACUCGUCCGACGACGAGCCGCUCGCCGCCGCCGUCGCCGCCAAGGUACGCGCGCGGGUUCGAUUCCCGUGCAAUGCCAAUAUUAGUAUUUUGUUUUCAAUUUCCCAAAUUUUCAUUCAAGUUGUCGAUGAAACAUUUAAGAUAGGAAUUGUGUGUGAAUACAUAGUGAUUUACCAAAAUUACAUCACAACUGGUUCGGAAAAAAUAUUGAGGGUAGCCAUUUAUGAAUAUUAUUUUUUUUAUUUAUUGGAGAAGGUGGAAAGAUGUGGUUUGUUUGCUUCACAACAACCAGCCGAAUGGAUUCAAGGUGAUGUUGAGGUUGUGGCCAACAAGAGGAGGAGGAGAUGGAGAGUGCCAGGUGGCGGCGGCGGCGGCGGCGGCGGCGGCGGCGGCGGCGGCGGCGGCGGGCGCGAGGCGGCGUGGCGGGCGCGGUGCGCGGCGCUGCUGCGGGAGCUGGCCGCGUCCGCGGACGCCGAGCCCUUCCGCCAGCCCGUCAGCCUCGACAUGGCGCCAGACUACCUGACGGUGGUGUCGUCGCCGAUGGACCUGGGCACGGUGGCGGCGCGGCUGGCGGCGGGCCGCUACGCGCGGGCCGACCAGUUCGCGGCCGACGUGCGCCGCGUGUUCGCCAACAGCCGCCUCUACAACACCAACAAGCGCAGCCGGAUCUACUCGAUGACGGUGCGGCUGUCGUCGCUGUUCGAGGCGCUGUGGGCCCGCGUUCCCCAGCCGAGCCGGCCCCGCGCCCGCGCCCUGCCCCGCGCCCGCGCCCGCCCGCGGCCGCGCGCCCGCGCCCGCCGCCCGCGCCGCGCCACCAGGGCCACCAGGGCCACCAGGGCCGCCGCGCACGCGGCGGACGCGUGCUCGUCGGCGGCUGCGAGUGCGGGUGCGGGUGCGGGUGCCGGUGCCGGUGCCGGUGGCGGUGUCGGCGGCGGGCAGCCGCUGCUGCGCUCGGGCUCGAGCAGCUCGUCGUCGGAGCCGCUGGCGGCCACCUCGCGCCGCGUGCACCGCGCCGCCGCCGCCCGCGCGGCACGCGCCGCCCGCGUAGCCCGGCUCGACUCCUGGGACAGCGACGCGCCGCUAGACGCGCACAGGAAAGGCAAGGGCGUCGGCAAGAAGAGCAAGAGCAGCAGCAACAGCGCCGAGCCCGCACUCGCCGCCACCACCGCCACCUCCACCUCCGCCGCCACCACCAGCGCCGGCAGCACCGGCCGCCUGCGGCUGCGGCUGCCGUACGUGUCGGACCCCGAGGCGGAGGGUGCAGAGGAGGCGGAGGGCGCGGAGGAGCGCAGGAGGAACGGCGGCGGCGGCGGGCGGCGGCGCUCGUCGUCGUCGUCGGCCUACUCCAACAUCGAGGUGGUGGAGGAGGAGCUGGCCGAGGACGAGGUGGAGCUCACCUACGACGACGCGCCCGCGCACCAGCACCACCAGGCCCGCAAGCGAGUCCGCGCGCCGAGCACAGCCAGCGGCAGUGUGGCGAGCGUGGCGAGCGUGGCGAGCGCGGCCAGUGUGGGCAGCGACUGGACCGCGCGCCGCAAGCGGCCGCGACGGACGCGCGAGCGGUUCAGCGAGCAGUGGUCGUCGGGCUCGUCGUCGUGGUCGGAGGAGUCGGCGGCGGCGGCCGGCGCCGAGCGGCGCUACGAGUCCGACCGCUCGUACCGCCCGCGCUACUCCACCGACGACGACGCGCCGCUGCACCUCUACAGACAACGACAACAGGGCAGCGACGAGGAGGCGGCGGAUGGAGAGGAGGCCGGCGCCGGGCCCUCCUCCGGACGGCGGAGACCCGGCCGCAGUCGGAGCGGCGGCGUGUCGCUGCGGGCGCGGCGCAGCCCGCGGCGGUACAACGAGGACAGCGAGGAGGACUCGGCCGCCGCCAUCAGCAAGCGCCUGCAGCACCAUCAGCGCCACCAGCAGCGCCACCACCACCUCGACACGCGCCGCCGCCGGCACGCUGCGCAGGCGCUGGGCGUGGCCUCGAGUGUGGCGAGCAUGGCGAGCGCGGCGAGCGCGGCGAGCGUGGCGAGCGUGGCGAGCGUGGCGGCCGUGGCGAGCGUGGCGGCCGCCAACGACGACCACAACUACUUCAACGGACACGCGCUCGCGCACCGCCACGCCGCGCGCCCGCUCAACGGCAACAACGGCGCGGGCUCGGCCAGCAGCGGCGGCGGCGGCGGCGGCGGCGGCGGCGGCGGCGGCGGCGGCGGCGGGGCGCCGGUGUCGAUCUCGUCUCGCGGCCGCGUGCGCAAGCUCACGGCCAAAGCGCGCGGCCUGCUGCGCGACUAGCGCCGCCGCGCCACCUGGCGGCCGCGCCGUGUGCCGUGUGGGAUGACUGUAACGACUCCACGAACCGAUGGUUAGUGAUAUUAGACGUGCAGACAGACACAUGUGGCAAACGACACUACGUCUGUGUCG